AUGAGCAAAGAAAUUUAUUUCAUUGGCGUGGAUGUGGGCUCUGGGAGCGUACGAGCGGCGUUGGUUGAUGACAAAGGUCAUGUCCUCAAUUCAUGUGUUAAGGAAAUUCAGACAUGGAAACCUAAAGUUGAUUAUUAUGAACAAUCAUCCAAUAAUAUCUGGGAAUGCUGUGUGUUUGUCAUAAAAAAUAUUCUUUCAAAUGUUAAUCCUACAAGUAUUAAAGGCAUUGGGUUUGAUGCCACAUGCUCCUUGGUAGCUUUGGAUAAACAUGGCAAUCCACUCUCUGUUGGCACAAACAACAAUGAACAAAAUAUUAUCAUGUGGAUGGACCACAGAGCACAGACUGAGGCAGAUACGAUAAAUAAAACUAACCAUGAUAUACUGAAAUAUGUUGGUGGAAAAGUGAGUCUUGAAAUGGAAAUGCCGAAAUUACUUUGGUUGAAGAAACAUCUUCCAAAUAAAUGGGAUGACUAUGGAUACUUUUUUGAUCUACCAGAUUUCCUUACAUGGAGAGCUACUGGUUCAUUAAGCCGUUCCCUAUGCUCUUUGGUUUGUAAAUGGAAUUAUGAAUGCUCUAUAGAUGGGAAACAAGGUUGGAAUACAGAAUUCUUACGAGAGAUUGGAUUAGAAGACUUAGCUGCAGAUAACUUUAAGAAGAUUGGAAACAAAGUCCUAAUGCCUGGUGAACUCUGUGGUGGUCUAACAGCCGAGGUAGCCAAUACAUUGGGACUACGGCCUGGUAUUCCAGUUGCUACGUCCAUUAUAGAUGCACAUGCUGGAGGUUUGGGCAUGAUAGGGACCCAUGGUAAGGGAAUAGAUAAGGACAUGUCUUCCCGUCUUGGUCUAAUCUGUGGGACUUCUACAUGUCAUAUGGCUGUGAAUAAGAAGGCUGUUCUCGUUCAAGGGGUGUGGGGACCGUAUUACAGCGCAAUGGUUCCAAGUAUGUGGUUGAAUGAGGCUGGGCAAAGUGCUUCUGGAAUGUUAUUGGACCAUAUAAUAUCAAGUCAUCCUGCUGGCGCUGAACUGCUUAAAGCCAUGUCUCCAGGCGAUACCCGCAACCAUUUGAGGGGUUUACUCUCAAAAAUGGCAAGAUUGGAAGGACAUAAUGAUGUCAGUUAUUUAACAAAAGACAUUCAUGUUUGGCCUGAUUUUCAUGGCAAUCGGUCACCAUUAGCCGACCCUUCAAUGAGAGGAAUGAUCUGUGGACUAUCUAUAGACAACAGUGAAGCUAACUUAGCCUUACUUUACCUAGCCACUAUGCAAGCUCUAUCGUAUGGCACACGACACAUUGUUGAGGCUCUUGUUUUGGCAGGGUACGAGCCAUUUAAAUCUUUGCUUAUUUGUGGCGGUAUUACGAAAGACCCACUCUUCGUCCAGACUCAAGCUGACUGUAUGGGUCUUCCUAUCCUGAAGCCCCAUGAAAAAGAUUCUGUACUAGUUGGCUCUGCUAUACUAGGAGCCUGUGCUUCCCAGCACUUCAAUAAUGUACAGGAUGCUAUAGAAAAUAUGGGUGGAACAGCAGAAGUCAUACAGCCUAAUUUAAGCACAAAAAUAUAUCAUGAUAAGAAAUAUAGAGUCUUUCUAAGAAUGUUCCAAGACCAGCUGAAAUACAAGACUAUUAUGACUUCAAAUCUGUAA